AUACAUUCCCCCUUCGUUGCCUGCUACACACACCCUUCUCAAAAGCAGCUAACCUUUCCAAUUUUGGAGCUUCUCUGAGUGCCGGCUCCUUCUAGCACUCCCCUACGGUGAAAUGCUUUAUAGACACCGCUGGUCUCCCCACAUGUCUCCCGCUUUCACAUUUUCACCUUCAACCGAUCCGCCCUUAUCCUCUACGUCAAGUUCCGCUUGAAGCGUAAAGCCAUUCAACCCCUCCCGCCUCCCCCACGUUCAGCGGGGACUCCAACGCGUUUACCAGCAGAACGCACUUCCCCCCCUUCUCUUCCUCCUUCCUCUACCUCUUCUUCAUCUUCUUUUCACAUUACCUUGUUGACAGAGAUCAACCAUAUUCCACCGGGGUCAAUCCUUUCUUCCUUUCAUCCCAUCAUUCUUGUCAACAAUAUUCCCCCUGUAGUUCGCCCCAUCGAAUCGCUAAUUGACCCUGCAACUACCCCCCGAGCGAUCCAAGAGAAUGGCAGACAGUCCUCAGCCCGGUGGACUCAAGAGGAGCUUUGAUGAUUCCGGCAGUUCGGGAGCGGACUGGCCCACUCGCAAGAGUGGUAGGCCAUCUUCCGGCUCACCUGGUCGCUACGUUCUUCCUUCGAUUCUAGAUGGGAGUGGGCGGGUCCCAACGAUAUCUCGAAAGGUCAGGGCUUGUGCGGCCUGCAAGAAACAGAAAAUUCGCUGCGAUUUCGAGGAAGGGGAAUCGACUUGUGUGAGAUGCAAGAAGAUGAAAUUGGAGUGUGUCGUUAACAGGAGUCUGCAGACUAUCCUGGAUGAAGAUGUAGAGUACGUCAUCCGCUAUCAUCACCCAUCGUCGGUCGAGGGUCUCCCCAAGGAAAUGAAAGGAGAGGAAUACAAGAGAAGAUGAAAGAGGGGGGACGAGGGAAGAGGGGAAGCGGGGAGGGGAGGGGAGAGAUCAUCGAGCGAAGCCAUUUUGUUACUUGGGGGAAUAAUGAAGCUGAUUAUGGGUUGAUAAUAGGUGGAAGCGCCUUAUGCGCGAUGAUACUACACAACUCCAACGUGCUGUCGAGGACCUGCUACAGAUCAAUGGCAUGCGCCCCUUGACGGCGUAUUCAUACACCAUGGAUUCUCCCGUUUCUUCUGCCGCCUCAACCACCGAGAGAGAGCGAUAUCCGACCUCUGAUAGGUAUAGCGACGGCAGGUAUGAUCGGGGCAUAUCCGCCGCCGCAUCACACGUAAGAUACCCGGAUCGCUAUUUGGAAAAGGUCAAGGUGGAGGAGAAUGACGGGCACUCUCUGGUUUCGAAUCCCAUGGGGUCGCUGUACGAGGUGACGAAUCUUCAAGGCCCUAGAAGUGGCCUCCGCAUCGGACAGCAGCACCCUCCCGAGUCGGACGGUGACUUUGUUUCCUCGGGGCUCAUUACACAGGCUGAGGCGGAGGCACUAUUCACAAUGUAUGGCUCCCACUUUUAAUAGUCCAAUUUAACUUGGGAGCUUUUUCCCGUCAGAAUUCAAUACCAAACCUCUACAAAUGUAGCAAAUAUUUUGCCAUGUAACCUGUAUGUGAGAAGAAAUGUUUCGACUCUUUCAUACUACCUCGAGCAUGAAAUUGAACAAAAGGGAGACGAAGAGGGUGGUGAGAAAGACGGGGGGAGGGACGGAGAAUGAGAGGGAUACCCUAUUGGUCCUUAUGGCCUGGGAUAUUCUGCUCCAUAGUUUCGUUUUUGCUUUCAUUAUUUUUUCUUUGUUGCUGUCGACAAUAUCCGACAUCAGGGUUUUAUCACUGAGGCUAAUUCCAACGCAGAUUUAGGGAUUCUCUCAAUCACUAUCUCUUUGAUAUCGCUCUGACGCAUAACACUCUGGAGGCUGCUCGGGCUUCCUCAUGUUUGCUAACUGCUGCAAUAUUUACCGUAUCAUCACUGCAUCUUCCCCAACACCACCACCUCUUUCCAAAACUAUGUCGAGAAUUUCUUCGCCUCGUUUCGUCAUCCAUGUUUGACCGAUACCACCAGAUGGACGACAUCCGCGCGCUCUGCAUCGGAGCCUUCUGGCUGACGGAGCUUUCGUGGAAGUUGUCGGGUCAUGCCGUUCGGAUUGCGACAGAGAUGGGAAUCCACCAGUCUUUCCGAAAGGCCUUGGCAGGGUCACCCGAACAUUUCGAGCGAGCUCGGCUCUGGUACCUGCUCUAUGUUUGUGACCACCAUUUCUCAAUCGCGUACGGUCGUCCCCCGGUCAUCCAUGAUCAUGAACCCAUGCGCAAGUACGAGCUGUAUCUGCAGUCAAGCCUUGCGAUUGAGGGCGACAACAGAGUCAUCAGUCAGGUCUCACUGUUUGUCGUUAUGACACGUAUCUAUAAUUGCUUCGAGGGCGAGGCUGAGGGCGAGAUUUCGGACGAGAGUUUAUCGCAGCUGGCGGGAUUCAACGAGCAGUUGGAUAAUUGGCGCAACACAUGGCGCACCCGACUUCGUAGGUUUUCUGACCUCCGUAUGCAUAAUCCCCCUCCCCCCGCUCCACAGUGCGAGAUUUCCUGUUGGCAGGGAGGUGGGAUUUCUUUUGUCCAUAAUGCUAAUCAAUACCCGAUAGAAACGAACGCCUUCGUAGGUGAUUAUCCAGCAAAGGGCGUUGAUCUUCACUACCACUUUGCCAAACUCCAGCUCAAUUCAUUAUCGUUACGUGGGGCCUCUACCGCUACCAUCAAUAACCUGAGUCCUCUGAGAAAAGAGUAUGCAAAUAUCGCUAUAAACUCGGCGGCAUCGGUGCUUGCCGUGGUCCUGGACGAGUCAUCGAUCCGAGAUUCGUUGGUUGGCGUCCCAUUAUACAUCGAUACCAUGAUUGCAUUUGCAGCAGUCUUUCUGCUCAAGGUCACUGCCCGAUGGAAAGGCGUUGGAUUCUCCUCCCUCGCGCCGGCACAGGUAUGGGCACAGGUCGGGAUGGUGAUCGAGCUAUUGAAGGAAAAACAAGCCGGAGAGCAGCACAUCAUCCAUCAGGUAUCGGUAGGCCUCGAAAAGAUGCUGAAUAAGUGUGUCGAAUUUUCCGGUUCCAGCAGCCCCUUCGACGAUUCCCGUUUCUGGGGCAACACCCUUCAAUCCAAUCACAACAAUCAUUCCCCCGCCCAAAUCCUCACACCUAGGAGCCUCCCGCCGUACCACGAAGUCCCUGUGUACAUGCAAGAAGGAUACCCUCAGCAACCGCAACACCAACACCAGCAACAGCAACAACAGCAGCAGCAACAACCCCCACCUCCUCAAGUCCCGGUCGAUAGUUCCGGUCAGCCGCUGUAUCCGCAAGUGCCAAUAUACGACGUUAGCAGCGCCGCCCCCAACGAGCAGCAGUACUUCCCGAUCCACAUGGGAACGUAUGAUUUCCUAUCUCCACAACUGCCGUACUAGAGCACUAGAGCACUAGAGCAACCAGAUGGCUUCCUUUGCUGCGUUUUCUGUUUGAUGUAUAGAUUGGCGUCCUCUUCUUUUUCUCAUGUACUUGUACUUGCUGUCUUCCACUCGGCGUCUGUUGCAUAUAAUCUGUAUUAGAAUUUUGUAUGGUUACCUGUCUAUGUCUUUGUGUUAGUGUGGUUCCCUUAUGUAGUCUAUGUUGGUCUAGUAGUGGGCGGUGAAAGGGCUGGGAAAGGUUCUGCAGCGGCGGAUGGCAGGUGGGGUUGUUUCCCAGGGAGUUUUGGAGCAUGUUAUUGUAUUAUUAUGUUGUUUCUGUCCAUUCAUGAUUCCAGCAGUCCUAGGUCCACACGGGGAGCGGGGGGUUAUCUCUUAUGUAUUGCUCUUUUCUUCUCCUUUCUUCUCUCUUUAACCACAUACCCGUGCCAUCCUAGACAGGGCAAACCACCGGCAGAAUGCCAUUUUUUUCCCAACUCUUUUUUCUUACCCUUUUCCAUUCUCUCCCAUUCUCAAGUUUUCUCCCUCAUAGUUCACCUUUUGCUUCCUUCCUCAUUUCACGCUUCCCGUCCACCCUUUACCAACCCCAAUGUUGUACGUACUUGCGUAUUGCAGCGCUAGAGCGCAAAGAAAACCGGGAGCCCCGGCGGGGUUCCCGGGUAAACCUCU